UACCUAUAUACGAAUCGCACUGAUAACGGAGAGCCGAAGAAGAGAGGAUCAGACAUGGAACGCCAAGUGAGCGCCGAUAAAGAAUACUACGAUUUAAUCAAGCCCAUCAUGGUAGCUGCCAAAUUUAUCUCCAUUUGGCCUUUGGAGAGGGAUCAUUCAACCCGCGCGAAGCUGUUCAAGACUUGUCACGUGCUCUGGUUAUUUUUCACGAUCAUUACAACGUGUGCCGGCAUUAUGGCUGACUUAGUUCACAACUUUAACGAUUUGGACGAACUGACGGCAUGCGCUUUAAUGGCCUCCGCAUUUUCUCUUGCCAUAAUACGUCUCAUUAUCUUCACGUCCCAUCAAAAAGACAUGCUGUACGUGGUCGAGACUAUGAGAAAGGAUUGGACCUGUUCGUCUUACGAGGACAGAGUCAUUCUGAAGCAGAAGUGUCUUUUUGCGUUUCAAAUCGCAAAAUACUUUGCAAUUAUGGUAACUGUAACCAUCGUGACCUUCACAUGCAUACCAAUUUUGGAGGUAUAUGCUCUCGGAAGGGAAAGAAUAUUUCCCUUCCGUGGUUAUUUCUUCGUCAAUCAAUCGAUCUCACCUAUCUACGAAUGUCUCUACGUUUUCAAUGUAACGGGCGGUUCUUUUUCGGCUGGCACGAUAGUCGGCGCGACCACUUUCAACCUCGUCGCGACAACACAUGGAUCAGCGAAGUUCGCGGUGCUGCGAAAGAAGCUGGAGGCAAUAAGCAGCAACGAUCCCAACGCUGACAGAGCAAUGGCCAACUGCAUUAAAGAUCAUCAAAAUGCUAUCACUUUCGCGGAUACGCUCGAAAGAAUCGUAAAUAUCCUGGCAUUAGGGCAGUUCGUUAUCAGCACCGGCUUGGUUUGUUUCGCGGGCUUUCAAAUUACUUCGAUGAUGAAAAACAAGGCACGCUUGAUGGAAUACUCGAUGUUUCUGAACGCCGCGAUCCUUGAGCUUUUCAUGUUCAGUUUCAGCGGAAACGCAUUAAUAGACGAGAGCGAUGCCGUGGGCGAGUCGGCUUACUGUAGCCACUGGAUCGGCGGCACUUUCGGUCGCAGCCUGCAGAUCGUGAUGAUGCGGUCGAAAGUUCCUUCCAGGAUCACCGCCGCCAAGUUCUACAGCAUGUCCCUCGAAAGCUUCGCUCAAGUGCUCAGCACGUCUUUCUCCUAUAUAAUAGUUUUGAUGACCGCGAACGAGGAAUAAGGAUUUAGCAG